GAUCCUAAUCACCAUUACUCAUUGAAAUCGAAGAAGAAAAUUCAAAGAAGAAGAAGCACUUCAUCAUCAACAGCAUUUUCUCUUCAUUUUCAUCCAACAAUCAACAAGGUUAGAGAGAGAGAGAGGUGAUCAAUCAUCGUCAUCAUGUCGUUCUCGUUCUUCAAGGUUUCGAGGCCGAAAACGCCGCCGGAGCUGGCCAAGUCCAUCAAAGAAAGCCUCAUGGCCCUCGACACCAAAACCGUUGCUGAAGUGAAAGCGCUCGAGAAGGCUUUGGAGGAAGUUGAAAAGAAUUUUGUAACAAUGAGAACAAUGCUUUCUGGAGAUGGAGAGUCAGAACCAAAUCUGGACCAGGUUUCACAGCUAGUGGAGGAAAUCUGCAAGGAGGAUGUUCUUACUCUUGUAAUUCACAAGCUGCCUGCACUUGAAUGGCAAGCUAGAAAGGAUUUAGUCCACUGCUGGUCCAUAUUAUUGAAACAUACGGUUGACUCCAAAUAUUGCUGUGUAGAAUACAUUGAACAACACAUUGAGUUACUGGACUUUCUUGUUGUAUGCUAUGAUAACAAAGAUAUUGCCUUGAGCUGUGGCUUAAUGUUGCGGGAUUGCAUCAAAUUUACGACACUUGCAAAAUACAUAUUGGAAUCUGCAAGCUUUGUGCUGUUCUUUAAAUUUGUAGAGUUACCUAACUUUGAUGUUGCAUCUGACGCAUUUUCUACGUUUAAGGACCUUCUUACUAAACAUGGAGAUGUGGUCUCUGAAUUUUUGACAGCUCACUAUGACGAGUUCUUUGAUCAAUACGAGAAACUUUUGACAUCUUCUAAUUAUGUCACAAGGAGGCAGUCUUUGAAGCUUCUCUCGGAAUUUCUUCUGGAAUCUCCCAACUCUAAGAUAAUGAAGCAGUACAUCUUAGAAGUUCGUUUUCUGAAAGUCAUCAUGACAUUAUUGAGGGAUUCAAGUAAAAACAUUCAGUUAUCAGCUUUCCACAUUUUCAAGGUUUUCGUAGCUAAUCCGAAUAAACCCCGAGAAAUCAAAAUUAUUCUGGGCAAGAACAAGGAGAAGCUGCUAGAGUUGCUUCAUAAUCUGUCUCCGGGAAAAGGUUCAGAAGAUGAGCAAUUUGAGGAGGAGAAGGAGUUUAUCAUCAAGGAAAUUGAAAGAGUAUCGAUGUACAUCCAAAGCUAAUUUGAUGCUAGAGUUUCUUGUUUGCUGUUUGUGAGAAACAAAUGUGUUGGAAGGUCCAUGAGACUAUGAAAAAUAUGUGUCUGUAAUUUAAAUAGAAUUCAAUGUAUCAACGAAGAAUGUUGCACUGGACUGAUCCAGCUACAAACUUAAUUUUUUCAGUUUCUAUGAAAAAAACAACAUUGAUCUGAAAAACUGAAACAACUUAUAUAAAACAUGUAUGUUUUUAUCCCA